ACCCCUGUGUGACCACCCAUCCCAUCAGUGAGACUGGGUCACAGGCAGACUGCAAAUUCAAGUACACUUUCUCAUGUAGACCCUGCAUUUACACAGAAGCUGUUCCAAUACACUCUAUCCGAUCGAGUGACUACAAAAUCCAUCACAGUCCCACUGGCCACGGCUCUUCAAAGACUCAAUACGAAGAGACACCUAGUCGAGGCACCGGCUUUGUCAAGAGCUUAGCAUCCAGCACAAUACCCUUCAGUUUAGGGACAAGUCCCAACCCUGGUCUGGUAAAAGGCAGUCUCAGUGCUGGGAAUGUACAAGGUUCAGGAGGACAGUUAAAUGGGGCCAGACAUGACAACACCAUGGACUGUGGUGACAGGGAACUUGUGCAAGUGCCCACCUCUGAGACUGAGUCCAACCAGAAUGAAAGCUUCACCAAGGAGCCUGAGAGUGCUGGGAUUUUCUCCUCCGCUCCCAAGUUUGAAGGUUGGUUGGUGGGAGAAAACGAGGAGGAUUUAUAUUUUGAAGCAGGUGACUGCGAUGGAGUCGACCUGUACACUGAUCCAAAUAAAAAGCCAGUUGGAGGGACAGAGGAAGUUUGUGAAUCCCAGGAUUUACCAUCUACAUUUUCUGGGGAUUUGGCCAGUCAAGAAAACAGCAAUGACUCGAUGUCACAAUCAUUAGCAGACGUGGUCCAUUCAGACUGGCCUGACACACCCAGCUUAUUGAGAGAAUACAAGGCAUCACAGCAAGAAGAGACCACGAAGAGGAAGAACAAUCAGCCUCUCUGUUUAUCUAACCCAUUCAUCAGGAACUCCAUUGCAAUAGCCUCCUACAGGCUUAGCAGGGAACUCACCACUCAAGUUCUGGAUGAGUUAAGACAAACAUUCAUUGAGGCCUUUUUGGAAAAUGGUCAGUAUUUUGACUUGUUGGAUUCAGGACUUGUCCUGUCAAAUCAAGAGAGGGAGAACCUUGUGGACAGGGUGAUUGUUACCAUGCGAGAUGGAGCCAGGCUGGCACUCAGGCCAGCCAAACACGGAAACAUCAGUUACUACUGGCCUUGUGUGGACUUUCAUGUAGUCCAACAUUUGGGGAGCAACUGGUUCCGAGUGAAGGACAAGACAACACGGCAACUUCUGAUGAUGAAAAAGGUGUCAGUUCUCUCAGACUGGCAGAAGAGACUCCAGAACUUCUUGAGACUGCGGCCGAAUGCGACCAUGCUUAUGCCUUAUGCUGUGAUGUGUGACCGCACCGGAUCAAUACUUUAUUUAACACAGGAUAGACCUGUGAUUGGAUUUGGAAGACCAAGAAAAAUUGCUCUUGACCACAGAAAGAUCUUCAAACGAUGCGUAAGGUUCCUGACUUUUUGCUGGCAUUGUGGUCUUCAUCCUGGGGAUUUUGAUUCCAAUGUUGCCUACAGCAGAGAGAAUAUUUACUUUGACCCUACAAGUUUAACUGGACUGGAAGACCUAUAUACCUUUAACAAAAGCCUGAAGGCUGCCUACACCCUGCUGUUUGAAAUUGGGUGUCAGGAUCUCUCAUUUGAUUCAUUCCUGGAUAUAAUUUGGCAGAGUGGAGAGGAACAGCACGCACUUUCUGAGAGACAUCGGCUGUUGCCAAUCUGCCCAGGGGUGUUCCAGGGUCCUCUCGAUGUCCAAGGAUUUGGAGACUGAACAUAUGUGGAAACAUUCUUCAGUGGCUAUGAGCGAGCAGAGCACCAGCCCACUUCCAUUCUGUAUAUUGACUUUGUGAUUAGAUUUCUAGAUCAAAUCAGCUCAUUUGAAUGUUUGGAAUUGUACCAAGAGAAUCUCUAGUUCCCACAGAGAA